AUGAGAGACAAUUCUUCCAUAUUACCACUAUUAUCUACUAUUGGACCAUUCAAUGAAGUUCCUGAUGAAUACAAUUAUCAAGAUUCUCUAGAAUCUUUAAAAACAAGUAAAAUCUUGGUUAUUGGAGCUGGGGGAUUAGGUUGUGAAAUAUUGAAAAAUCUUGCAUUGACAGGAUUUAAGAAUAUUGAUAUUAUUGACAUGGAUACUAUUGAUUUAUCUAAUUUAAAUAGACAAUUUUUAUUUCGUCAGAAUGAUAUUGGUAAAAGUAAAGCAGAAAUAGCCACAAAUUUUAUUCUUGAAAGAAGUGAUGAUCCAGAUUUGAAAAUCAAUCCUUAUUUUGGAAAGAUUCAGGAUAAACCAAUUGAAUACUAUCGUCAAUUUCAAGUAAUCAUUAGUGGGUUGGACUCAGUUGAAGCUAGACGUUGGAUAAAUGCUACUUUAGUUAGUUUAGUCGAUGAUAAUACUUUGAUUCCAUUGAUUGAUGGAGGAACUGAAGGAUUUAGAGGCCAAUCAAGAGUAAUCAUCCCUACAUUGACACUGUGUUUUGAAUGUUCGUUGGAUUUAUUGUCUCCUAAAGUGACAUAUCCCGUAUGUACUAUUGCCAAUACCCCAAGAUUACCAGAACAUUGUAUAGAGUGGGCAAGUCAAAUGGCGUGGGCUAGAGAAUUCCCAGGAAAGAAAUUUGAUGCUGAUGAUCCAGAACAAGUCGAAUGGAUGUAUCAAACUGCAUUAAGAAGAGCAAAUGAAUUUAAUAUUGAGGGUGUUACUAAAAGUCUAACUUUAGGGGUUGUUAAGAAUAUCAUUCCUGCCAUUGCAUCAACUAAUGCUAUUAUUGCUGCUAGUUGUUGUAAUGAAGCUUUUAAAUUGGUUACCAAUUCUAAUCCAAUCUUGAACAAUUAUAUGAUGUACACAGGAGAUGAUUCAAUUCAUACUUAUACUUAUGAAUAUUCCAAAAAAUCCAAUUGUCCAGUAUGUGGAAACUUGGCAAAGGGUGUCACAUGCCAGAAUUGGUGGACCCUACAGCAAUUCAUUGAAGAAAUAAGUGCAAAACAAGAUGUUCAGAUGUCAAAUCCUUCACUCACAACUGCUCAAAAGUAUCUUUAUUUGACCAGUCCUCCAGAAUUGGAGAAAAUGACAAGUGAUAAUUUACUGAAAAAAUUGAAAGAUUUGAUAAACGAAGGAGAUGAAAUUGUUGUUACUGAUCCACAGUUGCCGAUUUCAUUGAGAUUAAUUGUUCAUUUCACAGGUGAUGAACAAGAUCCUGAAUUUGCAUGA